AUGGGAGACGUCGAUCUAUUGGACUCCCUCAUUUCCCUGUAUCGUCCCCACCUGAGGUCAAAGCGAUAUUACUUUCGUGUUUUUCUCCGUGUUCUUGACUUGAGAGCCGUCAAGGCUUGGUUGCUGUACAACAGGAACGCCAUGACCAACCCUGAUGAGCACACAGGAAAGCUCCUUCCCUUGGCAGAAUUCAAGAUGGACCUCGCAACAUCACUAUGCAAGGCUGGCAAGAAGCAGCUCAAAAAGCGAGGAAGACCUAGCAAUGGGUCUGUGGAACAGAGCAUCGAAAUGAAGAAAAAAAGGGGACCGUCAGAACCUACUCCUACUCAGGAUGUCAUGCUAGGUGAGGUUGGUCACUGGGUUUUUUGGAGCCAGAAGCGGCAGCACUGCAAGUUUCCUGGCUUCACGGGAAUCUGCAUGACGCACUGCUCGAAGUGUGGGAACCACCUUUGCUACACAAGCAAGAACAAUUGCUUCUUUUUGUUCCACACUAAAACAUGAGUGUACCAAUGAUUGUCACGUGCAAAUAAACAUCUGAGUAUGAAUCGCACUAAGUGUAUAUUUCACCUUCAACAUCUUUGUUUGCGUGUUGUUGCAAAUACGCAACGUACCCUUCUUCUGCAAAUUCAAACCACAGAAAUCCGCUACAGUUAGUUUACAUGGGCGUACAGCUA